UAUUGCUGCUUUACAUGGAUCAGAUCUGAGAAACAGUGCAGAGGGGAGAAACCAAGAGGAGCUCCGUGUCAUAACAGGGACACCAGAAUGGCUUUCCUGAAGGAGCAGCAGCCAGACAGCAUGUCUCCUGAAUCCUGGUCCAAGGUCAGCUGUCCCUGCUGUGCGUCCACCCAAAUAGAACCUCUGGUUUUGAUUCAGCUGUCUGAGAGCAUUCAAGCCAACACGAAGCAGUGGAUAAUGAACAUCAUCUCAGCACCUCAGAAGUCAGGAGGGGCACAGCUCUUAGUUCACCCUGGUGAGGAUGCCAGCUGGGGUCGGAUUGUGGUAGCGGCACCCCGCUGUACUCUCCUGAUGGCCACUGAAGAGUUAGGAAUCUGCAAAGCUGACAAAGAGGGAAACAUGACCACUUUUUCUUUCAGUGACCGCGACAACUUCAUCAAUGUUGAUGACAUGCAGAAUUUCUUGACGGUGGCAGAAAGACAGUACCUCGUCAAACACCAGCUGGAGUCCAUGAGAGCGGUCAAAGACCAGCGGAUCCCAGGGAUACAGGGAGACAAGGGCAUCCUUAGAUCAAGACAGAAUGUCUUUCGGAAGCUGCUGAAGACAGGACUAAUCCAGGAUGUUUUUCCCCUGUGUGAUCAGAAGAAGCUAAACGCUCUCAGCCAAGACUGGUAUUCCCAGAAACGCCUGUGGGGUCAGCCUUUAGACUCCAUACACUCGUAUUUCGGUGGCUCCAUUGCUUUCUACUUCAGUUUCUUAGAUUUCUACACAAGCGCUCUAAUUCCUCCAGCAAUUCUGGGAGUCUUCAUCACCUUCUUCCUCCCCGGAGCCCCGCCCCCUGAUGGAGUCAAAGCAGACAACUCCACCACGGCUAACAGUUCCCUGGAUGCUGAUGACGACCAUCUUUCUGUAAGUUCCCACAUGGUGCAGGCCGUGUUCAGCAUGAUUUGGUCCACGGUGUUCAUGGAGCUGUGGAAGAGACGAAGCUCUGCACUGUCGUACCAAUGGGGAACUCUGACACUGACUGAGCGCUUUAUGGAGCCCCGGCCUGAGUUCCACGGUGAGCUUGGCACAAAUCCGGUGACAGGAAGGCUGGAACCUCUGUUCCCUGACUGGAAGAGACAGUUGCGUGUGGGCCUGGGGUCUUUGCCUGUGGUUGGGGUUUUCCUCUGCCUUGUUGUACUCGGCAUGGUGGGAUUUUAUUACUGCGAGAGCACCAUGUCUGCCUUUCACAAAGCGCAUGGGUCCAUCAUCACAGCUGCUCUGUCCUACUCGCCCUCCAUCAUCCACAUCGUCUACACCAACAUGCUGGGGAACGUUUACCGCAGCGUGGCACUGCGGCUGACCGAGUGGGAGAACCACAGAGAGGAAUCAUCAUUUCAAUAUCAUCACACCACAAAAGUUCUAGUAUUUACCUUUUUCAACAACUUUGCUGUGCUAUUCCAUAUUGCUAUCUUCAAACAGAACCUCCCCCUCCUGCGCAAGAGGCUGUCGUCGCUGCUGAUUCUGUCUCAGUUGGUGAACCAGUUCACUGAGGUGGUGGUGCCGUACUUGGUGGAUCGAUUCUUCAGCUCUCCACAGAAGCAGCUGAAGGAGGAUGAUCCGGCAGCUGAUCACAUGCAGGCUGAGGGCAGUCUGCCACCAUUUCCUGGUCUGUUUGCGGAGUACAUUGAGCUGCUGGUGCAGUUUGGAUAUUUGAGUCUCUUCUCCUGCGUCUAUCCUCUCACGGCCAUGCUUUUACUGCUCAACAACAUCACGGAGAUCCGCGGUGACGCCUACAAGCUCUGUCGUCUGUUUCGAAAACCGUUCUCUCCACCGGAAGCUGGCAUAGGCGUGUGGCUGACUGCUUUUGAGGCGCUGGCGUUUUUCUCAGUCAUGACGAACUGUUGGCUGCUGUUUCUGGCUCCGCGUGUGAAAGCAUUUACUGAGGACGCCGAACUUAACCCGAGCAUGGUGCUCAUAUUCACCAUCAUGGUGGAGCACGCUCUGAUUUUGGUGAAGCUCAUUAUAGCCUUCAUGAUUCCUGACGAACCAGAGUGGGUGCGAAUCAAGAAGGAUCAGAUCGAAUACCAAGCCAUGAAGGCCCUCAAGCAACAGAGACGUGAUCGGGAACCAUGUAACGGCAAUCCAUGAUCAUGAUUAGAGUCUCGCUGUCAUUGGCUUCCUGGAACGGUGGUCGUCCACACACCAGCAUGAACAGGAUCACUCCAAGAGACCAGAUAUCUACACACACACACACACACACACACACACACAGGAUUGUAUUAAAGCCACUCUGUGCAUCAGUGAUGCUGUAGUAGAGAGAUGAACCGGCUGGGACAGAUGAAGCAAACUAGCUGUGUGCUUACACACACACACACACACACACACAUUCCUAAUAAUCUUACAUAUAGUAACACACAUUUAUGAAAACACACACAACAGCUGGUGUAAACAGUUUCUGAGUGUAAACUGUCUGUUGCUCUGCACAAUCUCAGCCCUGAUGAAAAAAAUCCAUUACUGCUGGGUUUAAAAAAUGGGUCGCAGAGAAAAAUAAUAAUAAUUAAAUCAACAAUUUUUAACAGGCACCUACACAAAAUAAACUUAUACACACCCCCUUGUGGAGGCUUUACGUUACAUCUUAUAAACCACAGUGGGACCAGAUUACCACAAUUUUAAGCAUAUUACAGUCUGUGCCUGGGUCGCAGUAAAAAAUA